AUGCAGACAUCAAGCCUGCAACUACUGGAAGACGUAGAAAGACGUGUUAUGAGUUUCUUUCAUCCAUUGAUCAGACAGGCGAGCUUUGUGCGUUUGUUUGAAGAUGAGGAAGAAGAUGAAAUCAAAUAUGAACGCCUGCUAAGGGCAGAGCUGACAUCAAGAUGCAUGGACCCACAGCAGUACCUUGAGUUCUCAGAGGCAAGGUGUACAAACUUCAGUCGCAAGACACAGAAGUUUAGAGACUGGAUGUUCUCCGGACUGGAGGCAGAAGUGAAGCCCAACCAGUACGCGCUGGAGGUCCUGUCAUACCUAGCAUAUGAGACAGUCGCCCAGAUUGUGGACCUGGCCUUACUUGUGAAGCAGGACAUGUUGACUGGUUUCAGAGACCCACUCUCCCAGACUCUGCCCAAUAUAUCACACAACAUAAACCAGUCUAAUUCAGGGGUCGGUCAGUCAGGGAUGAAGCCAGAUUUAGCAUCACCCCUAGCAAGCCCGCCUACGACCCCUGUCACCAGUCAGCCUAGCCUGAUGGGCAUCACCAUGGUAACACAGGGGGCCAGUGGCAAGGCCAAGCAAAAGAAAAAGAGAAAGGGUCAUCCCUACUCCUUGGACAUUCCCAGAGAGAAGGCCAUUCAGCCUGGGGAGAUAAGGGAGGCCAUGAGACGAUACUGUGCUUUCAUCGGUCCAUUUGCAUCACAAAUGAAACAUAGCUCUAUGCUAUCACCAAAGUUUCUCAAACUGUGUAUAUGAUGCGUUUUUCGACAUUAAAUGAUAUGAGGAGAAGGAUCCUGCCAGUUUUUCUUGUCAUAGCAACCAGCCAGAGUCAUAGCAACCAGCCAGAAUCAUAGCAACCAGCUCGAGUCAUAGCAACCAGCCAGAAUCAUAGCAACCAGCCCGAGUCAUAGCAAUCAGCCAGAGUCAUAGCAACCAGCAAGAAUCAUAGCAACCAGUCAGAGUCAUAGCAACCAGCCAGAGUCAUAGCAACCAAUCAAAUCAUGAAUCCUAUCAUGCUUCUUCAGAGACAACCUUUAGUACAGCCGCCUUCUGGGAAAACGGAGCUUAAUGCAUGUCUGUUAAGUGUCAUCUCAGAUAAGCCUGUGCAGUAGGCACAGGCUUAUGAGGUACAACACUGUUUUCCUAGACUGGAUUUUUGUUUACAUGAAAGUUCAGCCUGUAUGAACUGCAUUGACUUAUCUGGCACAACACUUUACGCACAUGCAUUAAGUCAAGUUUUCCCAAAACGUGACUUAUGUAUGGGUUUUACCAUUUCUGAAAUGUGGUCAUGUUUCAGAAUUAGUCCGUGAAUUAAUGAUGAACAUGUAAAGUGUUUGCCAAAGGGUUUUGUUCAAGUUGUUUGUCACUGGAAAAAAUACAUAUGUGAAAUAUUUUUACCAUGCUUAGUUAAAAUUCAAUCUAUUGACAGCAUUUGUUGACUGUUGUAAUUUGUAUUAAUCAAAUAAAUCACAAACAUGCUCACAUGCUAUUUAAAAAUCACGAACACUGUGCUCUUUUGUAUGCGAUACUUGUACCCAUCUAACAUGUGUAAUGAUUUGUUGAUAGUGUUGGUUAAUUAAAACAUGGUUGUUUACUUAAUAUGUAAUUGUCUUUUUAAGUCGGUGGUCUGUUAAAGAAUGUUGAGUGACAAGCAGUGACCAAUGCACUUCCCGCUAUAUAUGUCAAAUAGUUCAAAUCAGAUCAUUAUGACUUAUGGUUAUUAUGUUUUGGCAUCUUGGUCAAGUUCGAUAAAUUGCAUGAUCCCCUGGAGUGCAUUGGAUUUUGGUGCUUGAAUAAAUAUACAAGAAGGUAACGAUGGUCCUUAAGCACUCACAAGAGGGCAAGGUGCACAUAUUGUUAAAGUCUUUACCUGGUGACUUAGUGUUUGACCCAACUUGACCCAAAAUAAAACAUGUCCUACAAAGUUUUGUCAAGAUAAACAUUCUGACUCUAUCCAUCAAGAACGAGUUAUAAAUGAUGCUUCCUCUACGAUUAAGCUCGCUUGUUUAGGCUUGAAACUUUGGUUAUCAGCCAUAGCUUAAGUACACUUUAUUAUUAUGCUCCCCUUCGAAGAAGAAGGGCCAUAUUGUUUUGCUGGAUGUCUCUUGGUCCAUCUGUCGGUAGACCAGUUCGUUUUCAAUAAAAAAAAUCGUCAACAAAUGGACCGACUGUCUUGAUACUUUACAUGUGCAUUGGCCUUGGACGGUAGAUGACCUCUAUUGAAAUUGGGGUCACAAGGUCAAAGGUCACUGUCACAAUAAGUGUUAAAAUCGUUUCAGAUCAAUAACUUGUCAACGAAUUGACCGAUUGGCUUGAAACUUCACAUGUGGAUUGACCUUGGACAGUAGAUGACGUAUAUUGAAAUUGGGGUCAUUAGUUCAAGGUCACUGUCACAAUAAGUGUGAAAAUCGUUUCCGAUUAAUAACUCGUCAACAAAUUGACCGAUUGGCUUGUGUUACAAUUUUCAGGGGGUAAGUUCAUAAGUUCACAACACUGUAUAUACACUCUACAUUUUAUUUACACACUACGAGAAUAAAUAUAUACACCAAUA